CUGAGUGAUUCGUGUAGUAGAGACGAGUUCGGGACCACUUCGGUAUACUGUGGUGCGCUGCCCGGGAAGUGGAAAGCGAAUUGCAAAGAGCAUCAUGUCAGAGAACCUUGCUAUUCUGAACUAAAGUAUCCAUCGUCCUAUUUUUACACUUUGAUGGAGGAGGAUGGCGGUAAGAGGAUGAGAGGACGAGCUAGGGGCAGAGCCCGUGGGCGUCCACGAGGAAGGGCUAGGGGCCGGGGUAAAAAAGCGGUGAAGAUCAUAGAAAGUGAUGAAGAAGAUGUUCCGCCAGCAGUGGAAGAAACUCCUAUGGAAACUACUGGGGUUGAAGUUGAGCAACAGGAGCCUCAACAACCUCAGCAACCACCAGCCGAACAACAGUUUGAUUUGGAAGCUGAUAUUUCACAGUUAGAAGCUCCAACAUUCACAACUAUUAACCGUGGACCUCCUGAACCAAUGUUACGGUUACGUUGGGACCAUCGAGUGAAUCUCAUCGGGGAAAAAGUUUUGAACCCUAUGAUACAUUGUUGUGACAAGUGUCUUAAACCGAUCCUCAUUUACGGACGUAUGAUACCUUGCAAGCAUGUAUUUUGCUUGUCAUGCGCUAAAAGAGAGGAUAAGGUUUGCCCUAGAUGUAUGGAAAAAGUUUCAAGAGUAGAGCAGACUGGUCUUGGUACUGUAUUCAUGUGCACUCAUGGUGGAACUAGAUAUGGUAAUGCUGGAUGCAGACGAACUUACCUAAGUCAAAGAGAUUUACAGGCACACAUCAAUCAUCGACAUAUAUCGGCUCCUCCCCCGCCAGUUCAAGGAUUACAGGUUGAACAACAGUACAUACACUCCAAAUCUGAAAUGGAUUUGCAAAUGACUAAGAUGCCACCAGUUCCAAUGCAAAGCGGUCGAAUGAAACAAGUGCAAUCCCACAUGGUUCAGCCAAUAAUGGGAAAUGACCCAAGGGUAAAUUCGAUGGUUAGUCAGCAGCAAGUAGAACAUCGUCAACAACAUAGACCACAACCAAUUAUUCCCAUGCAAAAUUAUCAGCAAAAUUCAGCGCCCCCACCCGCCAAUACCCCAAUGAGGACUAAUUUGAUAACCGUACCAAUUCAGGAUACCACUAUGACCACGCAUGAUAUACAUAAUCAGCAGAAUCAUCAUUACUAUCAACCUCCUCCACCCCCACAAGUGAAUUAUGGUACAUACAAUGUGCCCCCUCCUGUCUCUCAAAGCCAACAGUACUAUACUCAGCCACAGCACCCAUCACAAGUUACCUACGUUCCACCACCGCCUCAGCAACAAUAUGGCCCUUCGGGUACCUCCUCUAUCAGACCCUCACCAGCUGGAUAUAUGCAAGAACAACAGUAUGGUCCGCCACCACCCCAGCAACAGCCACCUCCACCACAAACUCAGUGGACGCAGCAUCAACAACAGUUCUAUAGGUAAAACUUGGUUUUAAUUUUUUUUCAAUAGAAACGACAGUUCUGUACGAAUCAGACGACAAGACUUAUCUUUUGCAAACUCUCACUAAGUCUCAAAAAGUUUAAGAAAGACACUGUCAGUAUCUAGGAAUAGAAUUGAAGCACUUGCUGCUUAGAAGUAUUAAAUGUUACAGAUGACAUUUUAUAUUUACGUUUCAACAGAAAUUCUGAUUGAUCGCUGAUCAUAAAUUUUGUAAUAUACUUUUUUCUAGAUUUUUUUUAAAUUUUAUAUUGCCCAUGAUCAACAAGGGUUUUGACGCUGUUUUAAAUGUGGUAGAGGUUCAAUCAAAUUUCAUAAGAUAAGACAAGUAUCUUCUGCACAAUAAUGCAAAUUCACUUACACAAUGACUUCAAUGUUGAUAGUUUGAAGUCUUAAAUGAAAUUGAAAUGAUAUUGAAAUCAACAAUUUGUAUGAAAAAAAAAUUUGCUAUCAAAAAAAUUUGAUAUUGUACAGGAUGACAGGAUGCGAUGUAUUUACAAAUGAAUUAUAUUUAACAUUUAAAUAUAUUAUAAUAAUAUUA